AAAGUGAAUGGCACGUGGAAAAGUCAUUAGCGUUCAACUUGGGUGCUUAUGAUCAUGGAAUUUUAUGCUUAUGGUGACAUUACACAUGGAAUGAUUAGAGAAAAAAUGAUUGGCUUCAUGGGAACCAGUAGAAUUUGGUUUCACUUCUUCAAUGUAGCUACACAUGUUUUAAUCAUGAGUUCUUCACGCCUAAUUUGCAGUAAAGAAUUAAGCUCUAAUAUCAAGAUUUCAUACAUGCAUUUUCUGGUUUUAUUGUGUAUUUGUAUGCUAGAAUUCUCAGCUGAGAUUGGAGAGGUCUCUACUUGCAGUUCUGCUCCCUAAAUGGUGGUGCAUGGGCCCUUCAUUGACAUGAUGGGCAUGACCACUCACAUUCUAGUGCAGGAACCAUGUUGACUGGCAUUCCCAUGGAGUCCUUUAUAAAGGCUUGAGAUGGCAUUUUACAUAGAUUAGUACACAUGCCGACGCAAUUGGUUUGCUCUAGAAACCUGCCAAGGUUCAAGAUUGUGGUAACAGAGAAUUACAGAGGUGAUCUAAUGAUGAUGAAAACAUUACUGAUGAUUUCGACAAUGACGAUGAUUAUUAUGAUUAUGACAACCAUCGUGAUAACAAUUAGAGUAUCGUCCAACGCACAAUAAUUGGAGCAGAUUAUUUCAGGGAUCAAAGUGUCUGAGUUGGUGAGGUGGGACUCAAAUCUUGGGGUUAAAAUAGCAUUAGCAAUAGGAACCAAUCCUCCUAGAAAUUGUUGCAUUAAAGUAAUUUAUCACCC